ACUUAGUACUCAAACAUAACUAGCCUAACCUCUACAGUCGGAAAAAUACCAAGAACACCAUGCGGGCUAUACUUACCGUCGCCACUACUCUUCUCGCUCUCGUUUCCACCGUUUCGGCAACAAACCGAUGUAAUUGCGCCGGAGUUGAGGCUUGCCGAAAGGAUGGAGCUUGGGGAUGUGUCGAUCUGUCAGGCAAUACCUGUGUCGUUCAGACAUCAGACUGCAAUUCCGCGUGCGGCGGCUCCGGAUUCACCUAUAAGAGGUUCAAAUCAAAGAACGCAGAAUGCAUUUGCAGCCCGCAGGAUGUAAGUGCGACAAGGCCCUGUGACACAAACACAGCCGAGGUAGCCGGCCCCGGUGACGACAAAUAUUGCUGUACGCGAUAGAAUUCCAGGCGUUCACGGAGACAUCAUAGAACUACUGGUAGCCCGGGAGUUGUUUGGCUGAGGACGAGAUGAAGAACAUGGACAGAACAAGAGCAACAAUCCUUUAAGUUCUGCCAUUGCCUCUCUGGAGAAUCGCUCAACACUUUGCGGAGAUCCGGCUGAGAUAAAUGAGGGUUCUCAGUAAGGUAGUCUGGCUACAAAUGGUGAAAAUAGUGAACAAAAGCAAACUCAUUUUCUUCG